GCAAGCUUGAAUUGUCCAUCCCGACCUGCGAACCUCCAAACUUCCUCCAGAUCCCCUCAUUCCUCAUCUCUUCGAUCUUCUCUUCAUCUUCUCCCCAUUGAUGAGCGCCUACAAGCUUACUUGCUUUCUACAAGUAACCACAAUCGUUGAUGCGACAUUAAAUACUCGAAAGAGCCGCCUGCUGAAGAGAUGGCCGAGCAAAUGGGUACCCCUGGAUCCAAUGCGGACACCUCAGUGAACGGAUCCAAGACGUCUGCACCGAAAGACAAAGCUUGUCCGUUUUGCAAUCAGCAAUUCACUUCCUCAUCCCUCGGACGGCAUCUCGAUCUCUACAUAAAGGAGAAGAACCCCAAGCCGGCAGAUGGGAUACACGAUGUGGUCGAGAUUAGGAAACUUCGAGGGGGUAUCACACGGAGACAACCUCGGAACUCGACCUCCAGGAGGGAGGACUCUACACCUGCUGCCACACCUGGAGCUCAAGAACGAAGGAGUCCACGUCCUGAGUCUGACAGGCAAGGGAACAGAUCUCCAAGUCUGAGGAGGGAGGAUAAUGGUCCAGUGGAUACGGUCAACUUUAGGGGCAAGCCAAGUUUCUUUAUAAACAAGGGCACAUGGGAGUCUACUGGUGUCAUGAACCAUAUUCCAGCGCCUCGGAACAAUAGUGAUGCUCGGAGCUGGGAUGGCGAAGAUAGGGAAGCUGCCAGGAGAAUGGAACCCAGAAGCAGAUCUGUGAGCAAGCAAAUGCUGGCAAAGACAACAUUUGAGCAGAAGCAGAAGAUGAUGGACGCACUGGACAAUGCCAAAGCUGCUGAGCUGGCUUUGAGAGAACUGUUGGGGUCCAUGCGAGCAGCAAAACAACGGAUCGAAGGUCCCUCGAUUUUCGACUACGACCCUCUGACUCUCGACUUUCCAGCUCUUUGUCUGCACUGCCUGCCACCACCUCCGACUCUUCAUACCUCCUCUCCAAUACCAACUAGUACAUCAUGGUCUAUUCUCCCACCAUCGGACGGACAGUAUCAAGCCCUGCGGUCCCAUUUUGUCUCUGAAUUCCACCGCUACCGUAUCUCCUGCGCUAUAGCCACCACGACUCGAUCAGAUGACCUCUCGUACCCUCCUCAGCCGGCUCUAUUCGACACAAGCGACCUAGCUGAGAUCACUGCUCGAGCAGAAGCCCAAGCGAACGAGCUAGAAACCAAGAUAUCGGAACAUCUCCACGCAGUAUUCGGACAUUGGAAUUCCCUCCCCGUACAAAGGCGUACAGAAAUCUGGACACUGGAAUUGGCUCGCAGCGUUGGUAAAAAGUCGGAAGAACUGUCAAAACUCAAGAAAGACAAGGAGUAUGCACAGCAAGAGGCAACACACCUGAAACAACAAGUUGAGGAAUUAUCACGAUUACAGCAUCCAAGGGAGUAUAAGAUCAGUCCUCCUACGACCGUUCCUUGCGACAGAGAACUUAUCACCACACUCGCAGACAUGAGAAUGUCGAUCCAAGGAGUAGGAUUCAGUCUGAUUGACCGGAACGUUGAUCUUGACACCGCCAUCGAGCGAGCCGUUGGACGAUGGAAAGGAGUCGUCCGCGAAGCGAGAGGUGGCGGCGGAUUAAGUGGUCAAAGAAGUCUCAGUGGGGAGUCCUCAGCUGCUCCUCCAAACUCGUCAGGAUCAAACCCCACCCCAACCAUUAGCAUGAAAUACGCGAGCACGAACGGGAACGGGAAUGGCGUUACGAGCGGAGGCGACGGUAUGGGAAGUGAUGCAGACGCCGAUGCUGAUGCCGAUAUGGAAGAAGAUGAUGACGCUGUCGAGAUGUCUUAUGCUCCGCAACAGGAACAGGGCAGAGCACCUGAAGCUCCGAUGGCUGGAUCCACCAACUUCCGCCUCGCAAAUGGGAACGUGAAUACUGGUGGGAAUGGACAGCAAGGGAGAGCCAUGGAAGGAAUCGAGAAUCAAGUCGUCCAGCAAGGUUAUGUGCGGAUUGGGGCAUGAACCUACUCUCCUCGUCGAUACCAUGAUGGCCAACAGCACAUCACAUCACAUCUUCUCCUGGCUCACGAACAACCAAACCAAGAACAUGCUCUCCACCAACAUGCCCACCAUCCAGCAUCAGCACCAGGAUUAAUGAACACCAACCAAGCCACCAAGGAAGUUUAAGAUAAAUCAUUCACGCAGCGACGACUUUUUCAUGUACAGUACAAUGUGGCAUUUGCAUCGCGUUGCUUUACUUCUCUCCUUCCGCCUUCAGGAGAGGAGAUACCUUUUUAUGACUUUAAUGGGCGUUGUGUAUUAUAGAAAUCAAAAUUCGGUUGGGUGGAAUAGGGUUUGGUGGGAUUGAGUGAUAUAUAGUGUAAUUGAAUGAGG